AUGCCGGCUAAUUUAAGAUCAAGAGAUAAAUACGGCCAGCCAUUGAAUUGGGUUACCGGCCUUGACAAUGAGAUGGCGUGGAGGAUGACUAAUUCUGAGAAAAUUUCUCAUUCUGCUGUUGAAUCUGAUCGUCGUAGUCUCUAUUUUCUAUCCAAUGCUGAUCAUCCUGGUGUUCUUCUCGUCAGUGAGAAAUUGAGCAACAACAAUUAUCAUUCUUGGUCACAAUCAAUGUUCCUCUCGUCGAAAGCGUGCAACAAACUUGGAUUUAUUGAUGGCUCCUUUCCUAUUCCAGCAGAAACUGAUUCUCUGUUUGCGCCAUGGAGUAAGUGUGAUAUUAUUGUACUUUCAUGGCUGCUUAAUUCUCUUUCUCCAAAAAUUGCUCAAAGUGUGAUCUAUGUUGAUUCUUCUUACGCAAUGUGGCUUGAGUUGGAAGAGAGAUUUUCACAAGGUAAUGGCCUUCGCAUCUUCGAAUUACAAAAUGCUAUUUCUACCCUAUGUCAAGAACAACAUGACAUUAGUACAUACUUUAUAGAAUUAAAAGUUCUAUGGGAUGAAAGCUAUGUCAUGAAGUUCCUUAUGGGACUUACUGAUAAUUUUGAUAAUGUGAGGGGCCAGAUUCUGAUGAUGGAUCCUUUACCCUCUAUUAACAAAGUAUUUUCUCUUGUUAUUCAAGAAGAGAGACAAAAGCUUAUUAGUUCUCGAUGCACCUCUUCUGCCUUUGUUGAAUCAGUAGCCCUAGCUACUAAAGGAGAUACUUCUUUUAAGACUUUUAAGGGUAAUCCACGUAAUAAACUCCUAUGUAGUCAUUGUAGUCUUAUUGGUCACACAGUGGAUAAAUGUUAUAAGCUUCACGGCUAUCCUCCCAAUUACAAGUUUAGAGAUAAAUCAAAGGUUCCAGCCUCUGCUAAUGCUAAUCAACACUCUGCUAUGCUUCCUGAUCCUUCAUCCAACAUGUCUUUGACUAUGGAUCAAUACCGACAGUUGUUGGCUCUGCUGAAAUCAAUUUCAUCCGCUGCUACUAAACCUUCUGUUAACAUGGCUUUAGUUCCUAAUUUUUCAGGUAACUCUACAAGCUUUUGUGCUGCUAAUACUUUAGUCCCUAUAUGUUCACGGAUAAUCGAUAGUGGUGCCUCUGAUUACAUGGUUUGCUCUUCCAUUUUUUAUACUAGCCCUCCUCAUCUUAUUUCUAGUUCUGUCAAAUUGCCUAAUGGUUCGUAUGCCGAGGUUACACAUGUUGGUGACAUAGUUUUAAGUCUUACCUUGACCUUGACCAAUGUCUUGUGUGUCUCUACCUUCUCUUUCAACCUUAUCUCAGUCAGCAAAUUAACUAGUAUUCUCAACUGUUGUUUGAUUGUUAAAGCUAACAAAUGUUUUCUGCAAGACCUAGUAACUUGGAAGAUGAUUGGGAUGGGUGAACUGCAAGAUGGUCUGUACAAGCUGGUUACUUCUAGUUCUGUCUUUCCUAUUGUUUCACAUUCCUUUAACUGUUUGUCUGUUUAA